AUGUCGGCAUUCGGACCCGUGGUCAAGGUGGCGUCUGGGCUCGUGGGCAUGUUGGCGUCUGGAUUUGUGGUUGUGAUGGCGUCUGGAUUGAUGAGCAUGUCGGCGUACGGAUCCAUGGUCAAGGCGGCGUUCAGAUUCGGGGGCACGAUGAACGAGCGCGCGAAACACCGGUCGCUGGAGCAGCCCACGGAGCCCAAGAUGCUGCAUGCAAUGGCAGCUUUGACGGGUAUGCGUAGCCCAAGUGACCAACUAUGCUUGCAGUCGGAGGCAUCGGACCAUCAAGACUCAACCCCACAGUCGCAAGAGCAGAAUGCAGACUACUAUCAUUCAGAACACCAGCUUGUACAGCGUCGACGCGUCAUGCUGCAGGAGGAGCUCAUGGUAGCGGGUCACCCAGUGCUUGAAGUUGUUCAGAGCGCACUUGCCCAUGUCGAAACGCGCGCACAGCAACAUGCGGCCGACAUGGAGCGGCGCAUGGAGCGCUUCAUGAGCUCCACAUGCGGGACACUCGCUGACGUGGAGACACGACUACAAAACCAGCUUGAAGAUGCGCUAAGAGCGACGCAGUCAGUGUGGGGCGUGUACACUCGCAGCUUGAAGCGGCCUUAG